AUGCAUGGCACUGGGUCGAUGGUAGGGAAACCUCCAACACAUGUUACGGCUUCAUAUAGUCUGAAAGCAGGUGAUACAUACGCUGCUAGUCUGUCGCAUCUUCGGGUGUGGCGACACAGAGCAGAUGGAGGCGACAUUCUCUGUACAGAAGGCAACGCCACAGCUAUCACUUUCUUUGUUGCCUCUUCGAAAGAUACACAAAGUGGUCUAACACCACCAUUCGGUAUUUCUACAUUGAUUGUCGGUUUCGAUUCAGACGGUACACCAAAACUUUUUCAAACAGAUCCACCCGGUUCAUUGAAGGAACAGGCAGCCGCCAUCGGACGUAACUCAAAGACUGUCAGUGAAUUUUUAGAGAAGAACUUUACAGAUGAGAGUGAUACUGCUUCAAUUAAAUUGGCUGUUAGAGCAUUGCUUGAGGUUGUAGAAUCAGGAAAUAAGAAUAUUGAAAUUGCUAUCAAUAAAUGA